AUGUCUUACUGCAGAGACCUGUGCGUGCCAUGCACCCCCCCAUGUGAGCUGACCUGCCCUCCGCCCUGGGCGAACACCUGCAACGAGCUGUGUGUGACAUCCUGCGAGGACUCCAAAGCUGUCAUCUAUCCACCACCUGUUGUCCUGACUUUCCCGGGACCGAUUCUCGCCUCUUGCCCUCAGGAAAGCGUCGUAGGCAGCUGCGCACCAGUUAGUGUUCCAAACCCAUGUGGUCUUGAGACCAAUGGAUGCAGGAGCUCUGGAAAUGCUUCUGGCUUGAGGGGCUCCAUUCUUCUUGCAGGCUCAAAUGGGGGUGCAUGCAAUAACAACAGGCCUUGCAAUCCCCCAGUGGUAAGGGGAAAUGGAAAUGGUAACACAUCCUCUUACCGCCGGUAG